GACGCUGAUUGUCCUGUUUGUUUUGAAUUCCAGAUUUAUGAAUAACAGAGUUCCGUCCAAUAAGAGAUACCAGCCCACAGACUAUGAACAUGCUGCCAACUGUGCUACACACGCGCUGUGGGUAAUCCCCAGCCUAUUGGGCAGCUCUGUGCUGCACUUCCUGUCUGAGGACCAAUGGGAGCGCGUCUCAGCCUGGCUCUAUGGGGCGGGGCUUACCUCCCUCUUCCUCAUCUCUACUCUGUUCCACACUGUGACCUGGAAGAAGAGCCACCUACGGUCUGUGGAGCACUGUUUCCACAUGUGUGACAGGAUGGUGAUCUAUUUCUUCAUAGCGGCCUCCUACGCACCCUGGUUGAACCUGCGGGAGCUAGGACCCUGGGCCUGUCACAUGAGGUGGUUGGUCUGGGUGAUGGCCUCUGUCGGAACCACAUACGUCUUCUUCUUCCACGAGAGGUAUAAGCUGAUGGAACUGAUCUGUUAUACAGUGAUGGGAGUGUUCCCUGCCUUGGUCAUCCUGACCAUGCCGGACCGCGAGGGGCUGUGUGAGUUGUUAGUGGGCGGAGCCUGUUACUGUCUGGGCAUGGUGUUCUUCAAGAGCGAUGGCCUCGUCCCAUUCGCCCAUGCCAUCUGGCACCUGUUCGUUGCCAUGGGAGCGGGCGUCCACUACUACGCCAUCUACCGGUACCUCUACACGCCAGCAGCCGAUCAGAUGAAGACAUCCAGAUGACACACGGAGGCCUGGGGGGGCGAGGGGUGAUGACGUCACAGGAAGUUGAAGAAAGGAGUGGCCUAGUGAAGAAGUGAUGUCAAGAACGGAGGAAUGGAGAGAUGAGAAUAGAACCAUGGAAACAUGGAGAGAUGAGAAUAGAACCAUGGAAACAUGGAGAGAUGAGAAUAGAACCAUGGAAACAUGGAGAGAUGAGAAUAGAACCAUAGAAACUGUUAUUUCACGCUUUAUUUUCUUAUUCAUUCUUUCCCUGGUUUGGGUUUAUGUGCCCUGGUCAGACAUGAUGUAAAUCACUGGUUUAUGUGUCCUGGUCAGACAUUAUGUAAAUCACUGGUUUAUGUGUCCUGGACAGACAUUAUGUAAAUCACUGGUUUAUGUGUCCUGGUCAGACAUGAUGUAAAUCACUGGUUUAUGUGUCCUGGACAGACAUGAUGUAAAUCACUGGUUCUCUAGAUGGAAGAGUCCGUUUUUAAGGCUGUCCCAAAUGGCACCCUGUUCCCUACAUACAGAGCCCUGGUCAAACACAGUGCACUAUGGGCAAUAAGGUACCAUUUGGAACAGCCUAAAUGACCGUACAGCGACGCGUCUUUAACUGUCUGUCUGUCUGUCAGUGUCCUGAAGCUGGAGACGGGUGGCGACGUCGUCUAGUUACGGAACCCUCCAGUGUAGAAAGCGUGUAGAGUAGCCUGGAAGCCACAGACGGUGGAGGUGUUUCUCCUGAUUGGACUACUAUUACAUUCCAGACUAGUGAAGGUAUUAUCCUACUACAGCCAUUAUUAAUACUAUUACUACUAGU